AUGGUUGCAGAAAAUGCUGGUGGCCUUUGUUCCAUUGACAGUGCUGCUGGCAAUGCUCUGAGAGAGAAAAUGCAAGGACUGGCUGAAAGAGCAUCAAAAAGGUAUAUAAAAGUGCAGACACAAAGAAGAGAACUCAAAUCACUGAUUGAAGGUGGUAAUACACCCCCGGCACACUUAAGACUAGUGAUGGUUGGUGCACAGGGGUCAGCCAAGAGCUCGGCAGGCAACAGCAUUCUGAGAAAAAAUGCAUUUGCUGUUCAUGUCAGAACAACAACAACAACAAAGUCCUGUGAAAUAAGCCACAGCAUGGUGGCAGAGAGGAAGCUCACAGUGGUAGAUUCUCCUGGAUGGUUCUACAAGCACACACUUCAGGACACCUGUGAGAGGGAUAAACUAGAAAUAGAGAACAGCAUGUAUCUAUGCCCUCCGGGACCCCACGCAGUGCUCCUCGUGGUCGGCCUGGCAUCUGCUUUCAACGCAUCAUACCAGAGAGCCGUGCAAGAGCACAUGAGUCUGUUCACAGAUGACAUCUGGAAACGCACGAUUGUUGCGUUCACUAGAGGUGAAUGGCUCGGAGGGAGGACUGUGGAAGAGCGUAUAGAGAGUGAGGGAGGUCUGCAGUGGCUACUGAAGCAGUGUGGGAACAGGUAUCAUGUCCUGGACAACAUGAAAUGCAGUGAUGAGACGCAGGUAACGGAGCUCCUCGAGAAGAUUGAAGAGAUGUGGGCAGGAAACAAAAAUCCUCAUUAUGAAGUUGACCUGUGCCGUGCGGAGGAAAUAGAGGCAAGGAAAGAGGCUGAAGACAAGAUGGCUAAAAGGAUUAGGCAGACAACUCAAAGACAAUCAAGAAUACUAAGAGAGUUGUUUAAAGGAGAGAAGCAGCCAAUCACUGACCUGAGGGUUGUGCUUGUUGGCAGAAAGGAGUCCGGGAAGAGUAUGACAGGAAACAGAAUCCUUUCCAAAGAGCUAUUUGACACAUAUUGGAUGAAGAAGGAAUUCCAAUGUAAGAGAGGAACUACAAUGUGUGUAAAACAACAAAGAAAUGUUGCUGAAGUAAACAUCACAGUUGUUGAGGCACCGGGCUGGCUUACAGACACGAUGACAGCUGACUGGCUCAAAGGUGAAGUUCUGCGCAGUGUCUCCAUGUGUGCUCCAGGCCCUCAUAUUUUUCUCUUGGUGAUUCCCAUUUCGAAAGCAUUUACAGAAGAAGAUCGCAAAGCAGUGGUCGAGCUCCUGAUGCCAUUCAGUGAGAGAGUCUGGAGACACUGCAUGGUCCUAUUCACCUGGGGUGACUGGCUCAGCAACAGAUCCAUUGAGGAACACAUCGCCGGAGAAGGCAAGGGCCUCCAGUGGCUUGUGGAAAAGUGUCAAAACAGAUACCAUGUUGUUAGCCGCUAUCAUCAUAUCACAGGUGAGGAGCUGUUCAAGAAAAUUAAUGACUUGAUAAUACGUAACAAGGGCCACUGCUUCAGCACAGAAGACAAACAGAAGAAAAAGCUGGAACUUCCCUGGCAAGUUAAACAGCCUGAGCUGACAGAAGAGGAGUGGGACAGGAGGGAGCAGGAGCUCAUAGACCGGAUGUUGAAAGCUGUUGUACCAGAACCCGAGGAACCAACACUACCAUCGGUGAAGAUGACAGCUAGCAUUGAUGGAUUCUGCAUUCCAAGCAUGAGUGGAGGUGCUCCCUCAGAAUUUGGGAGCACUUUUUUGAAUCAAAGAGCAUGUGCCAUGGUGUCUGAAUGGCUGAACAUUAGAGCUGCAAACUCUGAUGUCACCUCUGGGCUCGGCAGCAUCAGUGCCUCGGCCAGUUAUGUGGAGAAGCUGGAUGGAAUCCCUCUGACAGAUGAAAAUCAUCAAGCUAUUGGUUGUUUUUUCCCAGAAAAGGACAUAAUGAAGUUUGACACCGUUCUCCAGACCAGGAUUUCCACAGACACUGUAGGAGCCCGACGCAGACACUCUUUUUAAACACAACAGAUGUUACUCACAAGCAGUGUAGAAACUAAGGGAGUGAAGUAUCAAACAGAAAAGCACUGUUUACAAAAUUGUUGGAUACUGUAAGGAAUGUGCAUCUAUAUCCAGUGGUAUGUUAUGUUCUGGUGAUAAUGUAAACUGUUAUAGGUUAAGCUGUAGGCCUACA